GACAGAUCAAUGUUUUUUAUCGUGUACCUACUCGGGUGACAAGUGAAAUUGGUGAAAUUAUUUAUUUAUAAUAGGAUUACAUUACAAAAAUGUCGUUUUUCGGAGUAGGGAAUCCAUUUGCUACUCCGGUUGGUCAGAAAAUAGAACAAGCUACAGAUGGAUCGCUCCCGUCGGAAAAUUGGGCUCUUAACAUGGAAAUAUGUGAUAUUAUUAAUAGUAGCACCGAUGGGCCGAAGGACGCUGUGAAGGCUAUUAGAAAAAGGUUGACUCAGAGUGCAGGCAAAAACUACACUGUGGUUAUGUAUACACUGACUGUCCUUGAAACCUGCGUCAAAAACUGCGGAAAGAGUUUUCAUGUUCUAGUCUGCAGCAAGGAGUUCAUUUCUGAGUUGGUAAAACUUAUUGGACCUAAAAAUGAUCCACCAACAGUGGUGCAAGAGAAGGUGCUUAGUCUCAUCCAAUGCUGGGCUGACGCCUUCCAAAACCAGCCAGAAUUACAGGGCGUCGGUCAAGUGUACACCGAGCUGCGGACCAAGGGUGUCGAGUUUCCGAUGACAGAUCUUGAUGCUAUGGCACCUAUCUUUACACCACAGCGGAGCGUGCCCGAUGGAGGCGAUGCAGUGGUAGGCUCCCCGCAGCGCGGCGCCGUGCCGCAGACCUCGCCGAGCCGACCCACGCAGGAACAAAUCACUGGAGCGGUGACCCUGUCUGACAGUCAGACCAGCAAGCUCCGCGCAGACCUGUCCGUGGUGGAAGGCAACAUGUCCGUGAUGAACGACAUGCUGAACGAGCUCACAGCGCAGCCCUACACGCAGCACCACGACACGGAUAUUGAACUGCUCAACGAGCUAGCUGACACACUGAAAGCCAUGCAGAGUCGCGUGGCGGAGCUGGCGGCGCGGCUGGCGGGCGAGUCCCCCCUCACAGCCGAUCUGUUGCUCAUCAACGAUCGCCUGCACAAUCUGCUGUUGCGUCACUCGCGCUUCCUCAAUAACAGAAUAGCUGCAACCGGUGGAGCGACCCCAUCUGCCAUCUUGGGAGCUGCGAUGGGCGUGCCCGGCACUACUUCACCAAAGAAGACCGAUGAUGACGCUCUCAUUGAUCUAAGUGACGAUGUACCUGAUGUUGCCAAGCUGUCCGUGAAAGACGAGCAGGCGGACAAGUCCCCGAGCGGCUCGAAGGAUGAGUUCGACAUGUUCGCGCAGUCGCGCAACGUCUCCUACGAGACUACUAAAACGGGAGGCAGCAGUUACGCAGACAACGCGGAGGAGCAGCCCAUCUCGGGACUGGCGGCCGCCGCCAGCAUGCGCGCCACGCAAGCCACGCCUCUCCCAACAGGCAUGGAUCAGAGAGAGUUCGAUGAGAUAUCAGCUUGGUUAGAGCAGGAAAAGCAAGCCGCGUCAGAAGCCAAUGGCGCUCAAGAAAGCGUGACAAGCAGUGACUUUGACAAGUUCUUAGCGGAACGCGCCGCCGCAGCCGAAAACCUACCCAACGCCAAUGAGAACAGAGCUCAAAACAGCUCGACGCCGCGGCAUCGACAGAUCAAGAAGGAUGAAGACACUAUGUUCGCGCUCUGAUGUGCUUCGCUUCGGGCGAGUGUGUAAGCGUUUGACGAUUUCGUUGCUAUGCGAAAGUAAAAAAAAAAUGCAGUGGAAAUAUCUUGGACGAAUUAACCACGGGACACGUUACUCGGCCAUUUUCG